CCCCUCCCGAGUCUCCUCCCUAAGCCUCAGUGAGGCUGAGGCUCUCACAGGUGCUGGCGGGGGUGGUGGGGAGCAGCGCCAGGAAGAUGCGCCCCGGGGCUGCAGGCGCCUUCAAGGCCUUGUUCCUGGUCUUUGCCGCCCUCUGCGCCUGGUACUCUGGGUAUCUGGUGGUGGAGCUUAUUCCCGACGUGCAUCUGACCAAUGCCAUCUACAGCAUACGGAGCAUCGGGGAGAAGCCUGUCCUCAAAGCCCCACCCCCCAGAAGGCAGAAAUGCGACCACUGGACCCCAUGUCCUCCCAACACCUACGCCUACCGGCUACUGAGCGGCGGGGGCAGAGACAAGCACGCCAAGAUCUGCUUUGAGGACGAGCUGCUCAUGGGCGAGAAGAUGGGGAACAUCCAGCGAGGGAUAAACAUCGCCGUCGUCAGCUAUGUAACUGGGAAGGUCACGGCCACACGAUCUUUUGACAUGUACGAAGGCGGUGACCCUGCAGAUAACUCCACACCCAUGACCCAGUUCAUUCAGAGCGCACCCGCGAAGUCCCUUCUGCUCAUGGUGACCCACGACGACGGGAGCACCAGACUGAAGGCUGACGCCAAGAACGCCAUCGAGGCGCUGGGAAGCAGAGAGAUCCGGAACAUGAAGUUCAGGUCCAGCUGGGUGUUCCUGGCGGCCACCGGCUUCGAGCUGCCCGCGGGACUCCCGAGGGAGAAGAUCAACCACUCCGACAGUUCCAAGAACAGGUACUCCGGCUGGCCCGCAGAGAUCCAGAUCGAGGGCUGCAUUCCCAGGGAGCCAAGCUAGCGCUGCGCGGCCCUCAAUAAAUGUGUUUGUGUGGACAAGGCA